CAACAGCUGAGGAGGCGUAGCUAGCCACGGUUAGCACUUGGUAAAGCUUGGAGACGGCUCAGAAGAAUCCCAUGAUCAUGAAUGUGUCUUCAUGAUGAGUGACCUUGAACUCUGCAAAGGCUGAAAGCAAGGAAUGGAAACGAUACAUCUCUGCAUUAACAGAGCGUGAAGCAAAAGCUCCUCCUGACCUCAUCUUGCACGACAUAGGCCUGUUUGUCUGGAAACAAGUCAGGCUUUGAGCCAAUACCAGACAUGCCCGUAAAAAGGCAUCCCUACAGGCUGCAGCCUAGCUACGCCAACUGAAAGCACCAGACAACCGCAUCUCUUGUUUAAAAGGAUGUGCUGCUGAUUGGAUGCAAAAUCUCAUUCCUCUUCCUCCUCUCCAAAACGUUAUUUACGUUGAGUGUGUGCCAGCGUGUACAGUGAAUUAUGGUGACCCAAAAUGGUGCUUGAAUGUGGCAUCCUGGUGCAGAGUAUGCUAAAAGGGGUGAGGCUCUCUCAGAAAAGUAUAACGGCCGACUGAUAGUCUGCUGCAGAUAAUGGAUGCCAAGUUAAAAGAGGACCUGUUUCGAAGGUAUGUGACGGCACUGGAGAGGCGUUUGGAGGAUGGAGGGGAGCACACGGGGAUUGGAACUGCACCAGAGGGGGACAGAGGGAGACACAAGGACAGUGAGGCCCUGCUCUCCACAGCAACUGCUCUGCUAGGGGCCUAUCAGCCAGAUCCGGGACAACGUUUCCGGAUGGUGCGUUUCUAUGAAGUGGUUGAGAAUUCUCUCCGCUGCCAGAGAGGGGGCAGCAUCAAAAGCCUGGAGAGAGCCUUUCACACAUUAGAAACCAUCUGCACCAACCUCUUGCUCUUCCCCUGGAAGAAGGAGUUCAGAUGUAUAAAGACCUUCACUGGCCCAUAUGUCUACCAUCUGCAGUCUGCCAUUUCUGAUGCUGAACUCCGAACUCUAAUGCGCACCAUCGGCUACGCCUGCGACCACGAUUCGCAGUUCCAUUUGCAGGAGCACCCAGGAGGCACAAAUCAUCUCCGGCAGUUGGCGUUUGAGCUCUUCCUGGCCCAGGCAGAGUGUCGUCUUCUGGGAGAGGUAGUGGCUCUGGCCCGUGGUUCAGCCUCGGAGCUCGAGGCCUUGGAACUCCGCAGAGGUUGCAGGGAUGAUGCGGCUGGCUGUGCUGAGGCACUUCGUAGACGCGACAGCCUUGGGGCAGAUAUGGCUCGGCUGUCUGUGCGGCCGUUGGAUAUAGAGAGGCCUCAUGCCCACCACCUGAGGCGAGGUAGCCGACCGUCUAAGUCUGUGGAUGUUACAGAUGGGGCUGGUCACUGGCAUGCAGCGGUUACCAAGCCUGUCUUGAAGGCCUCAUUAAGUCUGAGGAAGGAGCCUCUGUUUGUGGAUGCAGAGGAGGAUAUGAAGGAUGAGAUCAUCAGGCCAAGCACCUCAGCAUCUCUCUUCUCUGUGGCAGCUCCACCUUCCUAUAGCCCUGUUGCGGAUUUCUUCCCAAUUCAGUCUCCUCCCCCUGCUGAUGCUUACACAUCCUACCACCUGUCCUCUUUGGAUGAGAUUGACUUGUACACAGAGAGGGGUGUUGGGACGGGAGGAAGGCAGACCCCCUCUCGACCUCCAUCCAGAGAGCCUCGGGAUGUGAGGGAUGCGUGGCUGCUAAAAGCUCAUGGCAGUGUGAAGUGUCAGGGCUGCGGGCUGGGCUGCUCCACUAUGGCCUCCUGCCAGAGGUGUGACAUGAUCCUCUGUUCUGCUUGUCAUGAUGUGGACCCCUCUCCUUGCUGUGGCCUCCAGGACUACCACCCCAAAUCCCCACGACCCCUCGAUGGAUACAUUCCUGUCAAGGAAAAGCUCUCCGUCUACUCAAACACUCACUCCCACUCCCAUCUCCAUCCGCACCCCCUCACACUGACUCACUCACACUCUCACCCCCACCCUCACCCCCAGAUGGUGGAGAAACCCCUCAUGUCCACUAAGCUGUUUGCAAGCAAGUCUGUUGCCUUGACAACACCAAAGGGAGGCAGCAGUGAGCGACUAAGCAUGGGGGGAUCGCGAUGCGGGUUUUGCAACAAGCCAGGGGCAUCACACACCUGUGUGAACUGCUCUAAGGUGUCAUGUGACUCGUGCAUGGGCUUGUAUGCAAAGGAUAUUUGCACGCGAAAGAAUCCACAGCACAGCUUUGUGCCCAACCAUCAGCUCAACUUCAAAUCUGGCACCAUAUCUCACCUGGUGUACCGAUGAAUCAGGCAGACAGAAUAUUUGUUUUUCCCUUCUAGUCUUCUCCCUCAACCAACUGCAUAGUCUUGCACUAUUGCUUUAGCUCUGUUGCCGUUUAAACAGCUCAUUCACUAUCUUCCCCCUUUAUCUGAUGGUCUUUUUGCUCUCUAACCUGCUCUUGAACUUUGUACAUUUUCUCUUACUGUCAGUAGGGCCCUGGAAUGCACAUGCCACAGAGAGCCAUAUCGUCUGCCCAUCUCUCUGCCUUGUACAAGUUCAGGCCUUUAUCUAUUUCUUCUUCCUUUUACCUUGCUACCUGCUCUUGAGUAGUCAUGUGAUGUUGUAGCGCUUCCCCAAUUCCUCAAAUUUUGUCCUCCUCAAAAGGGAAACUGGAGAAAAGGGAGUUUAAUUCCUUCUUACUUUGAAUGAAUUCUGUCCAAAUGAACAUAUAUACUUUACCUAACUUCUCAGCCAAAAUUCCUCUAAUAUAUAUAUAUAUAUAUAUAUACAUACAGUAUAUAUGUGUGUGAGAGAGUGUGCGCGUGUGUGCGUGUGUAGAAAAGACCUCUGAGCUUGCAUUGUGACACCAGAGAUCUUUUUAAACUUGAAAAAUAAUAGGGAAAAACAGAGAAAACAUACACUGGAAGUCAAUAAGUCAAUAGUAUAUAUUUUUAAUCUCUAUUCUCUAGAACAAUGUGAGACUGUUAAAUGGGCAUGAGGUCUGGCAUUGGGAUUUUUGGGGUAUAAAGUUAUGUCUGAGGGUGUGGGGUGGGAGAUAUCUCAAAGAGACAUUGAGACAAUGGUCAGAUGCCAUAUAUUGUAUUGAAAAGAUUAUGCCUUGUAAAUUAACCCUCAAUUGUUUCUGGUUAUGUGACCGAGGUUUAAAUGCUGCUGUUGACUUGAGACAUUGAAGAUGUGUGGCGUUGACUUUCUGGUAAAGAGCCUGUUGAGUUGUGUCAGUUCUAAGCCCUCUCCCAUUCCUUUUCAUUACACUUGGUAAGCCACUAUAGUACAUAAUUUUGUAGUGCACCCUUACCGGAUCAGUCAUUCCCCGUCAGUCUCAGGUGGCGUCACAGGAAGUCUCACACAGGGCCACAAAUCAAGUGAUUAUGGUUCUUUGACAGUGUGUGAGCCUAUUGAUUGGUUUUAGACAGUGUGAAAGUGUAUACUCUGACACGGUUUCUGUCUACCUCAAAUGGCUUCAGCUUAUACACCCAGUUUGACAUUGUGGUUUCAAACUAGCCCGACUGGUGUUUUAGCUGAAUAGAAAACAUCUCCUCUUAUGAUCAUCUGAUUUUGUCACUUUCAGAGUUUAGCAGAGAUUAUUUAUUUUGUGAGAUAAUCUGUGUUUUGUCAUCUGAAUGACAGAGCACAAGGUUUUCUUUCUUGUAGCUAAUAAAAUUUUUUUCUACAUACAGAGAGUGGACACAAAAACAUGAACACCUGUAAAUUGUAGUGCAAUUCAAUACAAUAGCCCUGCAACAAAUAACACCAUUGUAAAGCUCAAGCUGUAAAGGUUGGUCAGAAAGGUGUUGUUUUACAGCCAAGAGAAUUAUUGAGCCUGAAUUUUGUGGUAGUGUGUGGGAUUGCAUUGCCAAGUAAAGCUAAAUUCACACUACACAGCUUCUAAAGUUAUUAGAUCGUUGUAUAAUUCACAAUACACAACAUAAUUUUUAAUCCGGAAACUACAUGACUAACCGGCAACAAGGGGUCACACAAUGUCUGUAUCAGGAGAAAUCCCCGAUGAGUAUGUCAUGUGAUGCGCAGGUCAACCCCACAACCCAUGUAUGAUAAACAUUGCGUGCAAUAGUCCACCCUCCCUUCACCUCUCAAUGUCAUUUUCACUCUUGCCCUCACAAACACACACACACACACACACACACACACACAUCUUGGAAAGUAUUGCAGCACCGCUUGAUUCUGUCCUCUACAAGUGUCUUGCGCUCUUAUAGACUCUAACUUGCUGACAAAGUCUGGAUAUUUAGCAUGC